GGCCUGAGGUUCCGCUGGCGCUGACCCACAAAGACAUGUGCCUUGUCUUCUGUGCCUUUGCGUCCUGGGCUGUGAAGACCUCCGACCUGCAGGCUCCAGAUGCCUGGAAGACCGUGUUCCUGGCAAGUUUUGGCACACUUUCUGCCAUCCGCUACUUCCGAAGGCAGGUCAGAGAAGGACGCUCCCGGACCUAG